AUGACGGACGCAGAGGACCCAGAAACAAACGGCUUGCGAAGCACCUUUUCCUCUUACAUGGCCGAAGGCGAGCGGCUCUAUCUCUGCGGGGAGUUCUCUAAAGCUGCCCGUAGCUUCAGCAACGCUCUUCACCUUCAGAAUGGAGACAAGAACUGCCUGGUUGCCCGCUCCAGGUGCUUCCUGAAGAUGGGAGAGUUGGAGAAGUCCCUGAAGGAUGCCGAGGCUUCGCUCCAGGGGGACCCGACUUUCUGCAAGGGGAUUUUACAAAAGGCUGAGACCCUGUACACCAUGGGAGACUUUGAGUUUGCCUUGGUGUUCUAUCAUCGAGGUUACAAGCUGUGGCCUGAUCGGGAAUUCAAAGUUGGAAUUCAGAAAGCCCAGGAGGCCAUCAACAACUCAGUGGGAAGUCCUUCUUCAAUUAAGCUGGAGAACAAGGGAGACCUCUCCUUCCUGAGCAAGCAGGCCGAGAAUAAGAAAGCCCUGCAGAAGCCGCAUCCUGUGAAACACCUAUUACACCACCCCAAGGGAGAGUCCAAGCGGAGGGGCUCCUUCAAGAGUGAGAAGACUGUCCGCCAGCUCCUGGGCGAGCUCUAUGUGGACAAGGAGUAUCUGGAAAAGCUCCUGUUGGACGAAGACCUGAUCAAAGGCACCAUCAAGCGUGGCCUGACCGUGGAGGACCUCAUCAUGACUGGCAUCAACUACCUGGACUCCCGCAGUAAUUUCUGGAGGCAGCAGAAGCCCAUCUAUGCCAGGGAGCGCGACCGGAAGCUGAUGCAAGAGAAAUGGCUGCGGAACCGCAAACGCAGCCCCUCACAGACGGCCCAUUACAUCCUCAAGAGCCUGGAAGACAUCGACAUGCUGCUGACCAGCGGCAGUGCUGAAGGGAGCCUUCAGAAAGCUGAGAAAGUGCUGAAGAAGGUGCUGGAAUGGAACAAAGAAGAGGUGCCCAACAAGGACGAACUGGUUGGAAACUUGUACAGCUGCAUAGGGAAUGCCCAGAUUGAGUUGGGGCAAAUGGUAGCAGCCCUGCAGAGCCACAGAAAAGACCUGGAGAUCGCCAAGGAAUAUGACCUUCCUGAUGCCAAGUCGAGAGCCCUUGACAACAUUGGCAGGGUUUUUGCCCGUGUGGGGAAAUUCCAGCAGGCCAUCGACACGUGGGAAGAGAAGAUCCCUCUGGCAAAAACCACUCUGGAAAAGACCUGGCUGUUCCAUGAGAUCGGCCGCUGCUACCUGGAGCUGGACCAGGCCUGGCAGGCCCAGAAUUAUGGCGAGAAGUCCCAGCAAUGUGCAGAGGAAGAAGGGGACAUUGAGUGGCAGCUGAACGCCAGUGUUCUGGUGGCACAGGCACAAGUGAAGCUGAGGGACUUCGAGUCCGCCGUGAACAACUUUGAGAAGGCCCUGGAGAGAGCGAAGCUUCUCCACAACAAUGAGGCACAGCAGGCCAUCAUCAGCGCUUUGGACGAUGCCAACAAGGGCAUCAUCGAUGAGCUGAAGAAAACGAACUACAGGGAUUUGUUCAAAGAAAAGGAAGAGAAAGAGGAUGCUGUGUUGGAUAAUACAUCAAGGAUGGCAAAGGAGAAGGAAACAACGAGAAGAGGGAGAGACGAACCUGAGAAGGUGAUGAAGCAGUGGGACAGAGAGCAAGCUGACCGUGAGAAAGAUACAGAAGAUGAAUCGUCUUACGAAGACACUCUGACCGUCACAGUGCCUGGACAAGAAGAAGACAGGCAGAGAGAGAUAGGAAGAGCCAGCUCCUCAAGGGGAAAAGAACUGGGAGCCAUGGGGAGAGAUUCGGAAGAUGUUGCCAAGAAACUGUCCGGAGAACUAGGCAUAAGAUCAGGAGAAGCAGGCAGGGAAGUACCAGAAGUGAGCAGAAGGGAAUCAAGGGAAAUUUACAGGAGGUCUUCAAAUCUGGAUCAAAAACUCUCAGAAGACUUAAUCAAAAGGGAAUUGGAAGGACAAGAGGAGAGGCUUUCAGAAGCUGGCAGAAGGGAGUUGGAAGAACUGGGGGAAAUGGAAUUGGGAGAAAUAGAAGAAAUGAAAACAGAAAAUGCUGAAGAAAAUGGAAAAAGAUGA